GGAACGGGUGCCGGGACGGACCUCCGCGCAGCCAAGCGCGACCCGAGGUGGCGGAGGACCGUGCGUCGCGGCUUCAGCGUCGCGGCCAAGUCUUCUGCUGUGUUUUCUUGCCCAAGUCCAGAACUCUCUGGGUUCAAUUUCUUCAACUCCCAUUGAGUGACACAGAUUAGAAAGGGGCCUCAGGGUCCAGCCAGCUGUAUACAGACUUCAAUGAAUCCUUCUUCCACUUCCAAAUGUCACUCCAUGGAUUCCUUUGGACAACCCAGACCAGAAGAUAAUCAGUCAGUAGUUAGCAGAAUGCAAAAGAAAUACUGGAAAACUAAACAGGUCUUUAUCAAAGCAACGGGAAAAAAGGAGGAUGAGCACGUGGUGGCAUCUGAUGCUGAACUGGAUGCUAAACUCGAGGUUUUUCACUCCAUUCAAGAGACAUGCACUGAACUUCUGAAGAUAGUUGAGAAAUAUCAGCUAAGACUCAAUGUUAUAUCAGAGGAAGAAAAUGAACUGGGGCUCUUUUUGAAGUUUCAAGCAGAACGGGAUACAACACAAGCUGGUAAAAUGAUGGAUGCUACUGGGAAGGCACUCUGUUCUUCAGCCAAGCAAAGAUUGGCCCUGUAUACUCCUCUGUCUCGUCUUAAGCAAGAAGUAGAAACAUUCAGUCAAAGGGCGGUAUCUGAUACCUUGAUGACCAUCAAUCGUAUGGAACAAGCGCGCACAGAAUACAGAGGAGCCCUGCUGUGGAUGAAGGAUGUGUCCCAAGAACUGGACCCAGACACCCUAAAACAAAUGGAAAAGUUCAGAAAAGUACAGAUCCAAGUGAGAAAUAGCAAAGCUUCUUUUGACAAGUUAAAGAUGGAUGUUUGUCAGAAAGUGGAUUUACUUGGAGCUAGUCGCUGCAAUAUGUUAUCUCACUCCCUCACUACCUACCAGAGGACACUGCUUGGAUUCUGGGAGAAAACAGCCCGAUUGAUGUCCCAGAUCCAUGGGGCCUGUACUGGCUUCCAUCCAUAUGAUUUUGUAGCUCUCAAGCAACUACAAGACACUCCAAGCAAGCUUACCGAAGACCACAAAGAACAAAUAGAAAACAAUUCUCUCACUGAAAACCUCAAUAAGUUAGUUUUGUCAGAUGAGGAAGUGAGCUUGGGAAAUGAACCAGUUGCAAAAGAUUUACCUAUAGAUUCACUGGAAGAUGAUUUUGAGAAGGAAUUCUCAUUUCUCAACAACCUCCUAAGUCCUGGUUCUUCAGGUACUGGUGAAUUUACCCAAGAAUGCCAGACCGCCUUUGGGAGCCCUGGCGCCAGCUUCAUGUUGCGGGAGCCUGCUGUGGGGUCUCAGCCUCUUGCUCAUUCCUCACGAUUCCUUCCUUCACAGCUCUUUGACCUUGGCCUUCAUGCUGCCGGAGCUUUUAACAGCUGGGCCUUGCAAGGGGGAUUAGAAGUUCCUCUUUCACACACUGAUAACCAGCCAGUGCCUUCACAGAGUCCAAAGAAAUUAACAAAGUCUCUCAACAAUGGUAACCAAGACAUGUCAGCCUGGUUCAAUCUAUUUGCAGACUUGGAUCCACUUUCAAACCCAGAUGCUAUUGGACACUCAGAUGAUGAACUACUUAAUGCUUGACUGAAACUAUGUCGUCACUUCAGUGGCCUUGAAACAUCAAUUUUACAACAUAUUGCCUUUGUGGAAAGGAGUUUAUAUUGUAACCCAUACACAAAAGCAUCGUGUUUGUGAAUCUAACACUUUUCAGCCAACUUUAAAGAGAUGGUAAGGACUACAUUUGAAUAGAUCAAGUAUUUCUUUAAUAUCUUGGAUUUGCAGCUGUUGAUAAUAUGUGGAAAAUACUAUGAACCACUGAGUCGGAAAUAGAUACCAAAAUUUAUUUCAAAAUAAUAAUUAGGAAUACUUCUGUAAAUAAGGAAUUGGACUUAUUUCAUUGGAAAGCCUUUUAUGUGUAAGUUGCCUUGCUGGCUGUGAGAAUUCUGUAUGUGGAUAAAGACAGCAUGUAAAUUUGGUUGUGAUUUGGGGUUGGUUUUUAAAUAAAACCAUAGCAGGGGGAGUUUUCUGUUGUGGAAAAUAACACUAGAACCAGAACAGUUUUGUCUUUAGUUAGAAAAGUAGAGUAAGAUUUGAGAACUCAGUUUGCUUUAAUGAAAUCCCAGAGAAACUUGGUGCUUUUCUCCACUUGGAGGCUAAAAUGUAACAUUACUUAGUUUUUUUCCUUCACAGAAAAUCAUGGAUACCCCUCAAUUCCAUUAUUGAGUUUUCAUGGGAAAAUAGCAGGAGGCUUCAUUUGCUAAAUCUAUCCUCUGCAGAAGCUCAUAAACCCAUCUCCUAAACCACAAGAAUGUCCAGUAAUAUUCAAGACAUUGUACAGGUGUCUUUAGGCCUGGUUUUUCACACAUUGUUACCAUAAUGUACAGUAUUCAUAUUCUUUCUGAAAAGAAAGCAAGGGGAGGACAAUCCCUAAGCACCUGGCAAUAGUAUUCCUGAAAUUACCCAGAAACUUCUAUAUGAAUGAGGGAAAAAUUCUAAGCUUAUCCUUGUACAUAUUUGUACACUUAUAACCUAUUUCUUGACACGAUUUAAUCCAGAUUACUUUUCUGGCAGUCACAGAAGGCUCCGCAUGAUCAAACAGAAAGGGUCUUAUUUUUCCACUUUUCCCUUUCUGUGGGUGACAUCAUCUAAGGCUCUAUUUGAUGACUGAGGAAAAAUUGUUACCCUUACUGGAGGGAGGUUAGUGUAAGCCAGUGAACCCAUAGCCACUGUAUAUACAUAUCACUCAAUUUCCUGUUCUUUUUUCUUGACCAUCCUUCAGAUUUGAGGCAGUUCUCCAGGUGCCUUAUUUUUGUCAUCCAGUCCAUUACAUCUCCAUAAGGGAACAUUUUAACUGAGGUGUUCACAGCAGUUUCCGUGUGCUCCCAGUUUUCAACAGGCUUAUUUAUUGUUUGUUUAUAAGAGAAUGGCUUGUAAUGUCCGAGUCACUGUAAAUAGAACAUUUUUUGGGACUGCACCAGAGUUGGGUAAAGUGCACUCCACCUCCAUGCACAGCACUCUGGCCUAGCUAUAAUUGGAACUGCCCCCGAGCCCUCCAGGAAAUCACUGGUGGUGGGGCAGAGUACCACCUAGGCUGGCAAGACCUUAUCUGAGGAUCAGAAGCAUUGACUCAGGAAAAGGUUAUGUAGUCUUUUCAUGCUUAUUCCUGUUUCUUUCUUUCUUUAGUUAUCUUUUCAGUCAGAAGCAUUUUUUACCUCUUCCUUUUUAUUCAGUGAAAUUCUCCAGAAGAGUCAAUCACCAAGGACUGUGAUUCGUAAUUACAAUCUAAAUUCUGUACCUAUGGUGACUCUGUGCUCUCAACUUCGAAUACUUCAAAAAUAAUGCUAACUUUGUAUCUUGAGUUUGUGCCAUUUUUCUUUCAUUAAUUUUUUCACUAAUACAUUAGUUCACAAAAUAUUUCUAUAUCUCCUUCACAUGCAUGCAAAGUAGUCCCUGUUAUCUCGAAUAAACAAAUAAAUAAAACCUGAACACAGAGGAAAACCACUGAUCUUUCCAAGCCAGAAGCCAGAAUCCCAGACUAUCAGUGUAUUCACAUUGCCCUCAAUUUCCAAAGAACAGAAGUCCUCAAAAAAAAAAAAAACCACACAAUAGAUUAUUAUUAUUCAGUUCUUAGAUUCUCUUAACAUUUCUUCUGAGUAUGUAGUUGCCCAUUUAAUCCAAAAGCACAUUAACUGUCUUAGCAAGUUGUUAUAAUUUCAACAAAUCUAACAACUCCAUUUUUGAAGAGCACAUUGAAAACUUUGUUAUUAAAAUGAAGGUAACCAUAGUUUUUCAAGAUUAAUUAUUUGAAGUUCAGUCAUUUAGAGGCCAGAAACAGAAAUCUGGCUAUAUUAUAAAAUAGAUUGCUAAUAGAGGAAACAAACCACUUAUUCAGUAGGGAGUGAAGGAAAGACAUGAUAAACAUAGAACAGAAAGGUGAUCAGUUGCUAUUUGUCUAAAUCUAGAUCAAACAUUCAAUAAGAAAUAACCUUAACCAAAGGUAGGCUGAGAACUCUUUCAAAGUAAACGGAUGUUUUUAUAUUAAAUGGGGGAAAAUAAUAUCUCCUACUUUUUAUUACCAAAUAAGAAUGCAUUUAACCUUGGAAAAGCCCAAGAACUAAAAUUUGUCUAAUCUUUCUUACGACCACUUUACAAGUGAGACAGGAAUACCAGGGUAUAUUAAGAUCAGACUGGUGUAACUUUGUAUUUUUUGAAAUCUUUCAUUAAUUGUAAAACAUAGCUCUGAUAUGGUUAGAAAUGAACUGUAUUUUUUAAAAAAAAAAUAGGUUUCUGUAUUUGCACAAUGAAAUUCAGUGUUUGUAUUUCAACUAUGGAUAUUUACUUCACAUAACUAUAGACCAUCUGGAAAUGUAGAGGUCUUACAGCAUAAGAACAAAGGAAGUUCGUGCUCUCUUUUUCUGAACCUCUUUUAAUAAAGAUUACAAGAUGCCAUAAAACAAAAAAGUUGAUUUCUUAAAGUACUCAAUACAAAUCCAAUUAUUGUUAACGUAUUCAAAAAUUUGGGUUUUACCUCAGGACCAUAGUAGUAAAAGGUAGUCUGAAUUGAUCCAGAUAACAGAAUGAAAAUAAAAC